AUGGCUCCGACUCCAUUUCUUCUUCUUCUUCUUCUCCUUCUUCCUCUGGCUCCCGCGCCUGUCUUGUCGGCCGCCAUCGGACCGGUUACCAAGACCGGCAAAUUCAUCACCAAAGAGCUCCGUAGGAGUACGACAAUCAACAAGCCCGUCAAGGAUUACAUGGGACUGAGGGCGCAGCAGGGCCAGCGCAAGGACGGCCAGCAGACGGGCAGCGCGGCGGCGGACAGCUACAGCCCCUUCAUCCUCGACCUCUCCGUCGGGACCUCGCCGCAGACACUCCCCCUCAUGAUGGACAUCACCAGCGACCUCGUCUGGGCGCACUGCGAUCCCUGCCCCUCGUGCCACAUCCUCUCGCCGCCGACGCAGACGCCCACGUUCCUGCCCGAACGCUCCAAAUCCUUCGCCGAGGUCGGCUGCGCCACCCAGACUUGCCAGCGCAUGAGAGACCACGACUGCGCCGGACACGACCUCUGCAGGUACAAAAUGAGCCAUAUGUCCGGCUUCCUCGCCACCGAGACGUUCAGCUUCGGGAACAUCACGGGACCGGGGCGUACAGACGUCCCGGGCGUGGUGUUUGGCUGCAACCUCAACAUCACGUUGCCGGAGAUCAGCGGCGUCUCCGGCUACGCCGGCUUCAGCAGGGGGCCCCUCUCCCUCGUGUCGCAGCUCAACAUCUCCAGCUUCGCCUACUUCAUCGCGCCCCCCGAGCACGACGCCGGCAAGAGCUUCGUCAGCUGGAGCUGGGGAGGCGCCGCCGACAAUGCCACGGCAGUGCAGACCACGACUACGGGAAGCAGCAGCAGCACGCCGCUGCUGGCGGCCACAAAAGCCCAAAACCCUUACUGGUACUACGUUAAUCUCACCGGCGUGCAGGUCGACGGCAAGCUCCUGGCCGCCAUCUCGGCUGAGACCUUUGACGUCCAGCGUUCCGGUGGGGUGUAUCUCAGCACCAGGUUUGCCCUCACCUUCCUCGUCGAGGACGCGUACAGGGUGCUGAGGCAGGAGCUGGUGAGCAGGAUCCAGUCCGAGGGUGUGGCUCCGGUGAACGUCUCCUCAGGCGACUGGGACCUGUGCUUCCUCACGGAGCACUUUGCGAACGCCAAGGUUCCAACGAUCGCACUUGUGUUCGACGGCGCUGACGCGGCGAUGGAGCUCAACGUGAAGAACUACUUCCAAGAUUUGGGCCACGGGAGCACGUGCCUCACCAUACUGCCGUCGCCCCACGGCUGGCCGGGCUCGGUCCUGGGCAGCCUGCUCCAGGCAGGCAGGACCAUGGCCUACGACAUCCACAGUGAUGGCGGUGGCACGCUGACGUUCGAGACGUUCGAGACGGCAGCGGGUGCCCCAGCGCCGGCGAAGGUGCCGCUCAUGAUAAUGACCACUCUUCUUCUCUGGGCGCUCCUUUAUUAG